AUGAGCGCUAGUAAUUCUGGCGAGCCUCCGGCGAAAAAAAGGCGAUUUUUUGUCUCUACACUCGAAGACGAGCACGGCCAGACUGCAGGCGUCAACCCAACCUCGAACGACGUUCCUCAAUCCUCUAGGCCUAACCCAAGACCGUUCAGCAGUCCCGAUGCCGGCGCGAAACAAGCACCCCACGCUUCGAAGAACCCCACCCCUGGUGGCGCCGGUGGCCCUCCGAGGAUGACCUGGCCUCGCGAGCCUGAGUUGAAUUUCAGCUUUUUCCAAGAGACCCUUCGGGCUGUGGUCGGAGAGCACGAGGACGGUGUCGCGGAGCUUCUGAGGGGAGCCUGCGGGGACGAUUUGGAAAAGGCCAUCAACAUGUACCUCGAUGGUACCUGGAAACACCUGAAACGGAAAGUACCGUCACGCGGCCGGGCACCCGCUCCCACCGAUCACAAAGUAGGAGGAUCGUAUUCUGCGCCUACCCGACAUGCUCCUAUAAACCCAGUACCCGACUCCAGAUAUAUCGGAGCUUUCGGUGUAGAAGGAUGGGUAACUAGAAGUGGUAACAACCUACUGAAGCAUGGAGACGUGGUCAACAUCGAGCGCCAAAAGACCCAAGUUCCGAAACCCAUGUCCCGAAAAGGGGGGAAUACACUUGGUCAAGUUCAGUCAAACAUUCGCACGAGUGCAGUUGCGGCUAAGCGAGCCGACGUUAUCGUCCGUUUUACCGAUAGUUCUGGCAGAGAGAUUGGCCGUCUCACCAAGGAAAAAGCGAAUUGGGUCUCAACCUUAAUGGACCAGAAGAUCUGCAAGUUUGAAGGAAUUUGUGUCUACGCUCCGGAGAGGCUUCGCACGAACGAUACGGUGUUUCUCCAACUUCGAUGUUCCCUGCUCAAAUAUGCGUUCUUGAGUCGGAAGUUUGAAUUGGCGGAUAACAGGACGGCCGGCCGGUUUGAGGAGGCGGAAACAUCCGAAGAGAAGGAUCUCCGGUUACGACAGGUUGCCCUCGUCACACUCUUCCAGGAAAUCAACCUCUUUCCAGUCAGGAGGAAUGCUACAGCCGCGAAAGGUCAACGGCAGGAUCUACUAGAUGCAGCGCAGAUGGCGGAAAAUAGGGAGUUGGCAUUGCAUGGCCAAGAGAGUGAUCCUGCAGCCUUUUCCCCGACGGAGGAGAAGGAAGAUGGGAAGGAACUCGAACAAGACCAGCUCGAUGCCCUUUAUCGAAAGGCACAGACAUUUGACUUCAGCACCCCGGAGGCAGAGCCCGCCGACACCUUCGCCCUAACCCUGCGCCCAUAUCAGAAGCAGUCGCUGCAUUGGAUGGUGGGGAAGGAGAAGAAUGUGCGGAUUGAAGAGCGAGAGACCUCAAUGCAUCCUUUAUGGGAAGAGUACGCCUGGCCGAUAAAGGACUAUGACGACAAGGAACUUCCGAGUGUCCCCGAACAACCCUCGUUCUACGUCAAUCCCUACUCUGGGGAUCUUUCUCUCAAGUUCCCGAAGCAAGGGCAACACUGCCUUGGGGGGGUCUUAGCCGACGAAAUGGGUCUAGGAAAAACCAUCCAGAUGCUUAGUCUCAUCCAUUCACACAAAUCCGACGUCGCCAUCAGCGUACGCCAGUCAAACCGCUCAGCUCCCUCGGUCAACCAACUUCCACGUCUUCCAUCCACCCAGAGCAGCCAGGCCAUGACGGAAGCCCCAUGUACCACGUUAGUGGUUGCCCCCAUGUCUCUGCUUGCACAGUGGCAAAGCGAAGCCGAGAACGCUUCUGUUGAGGGCUCGCUAAAGUCCAUGGUAUACUAUGGCGCCGAGAAGAACGUCGACUUGUUGACGCUUUGUUGCGAAAACAACGCGGCAAAUGCCCCAGAUGUAGUCAUUACAAGCUACGGUGUUGUACUCUCUGAGUUUACGCAAGUCGCGUCCAAGAACGGCGAGCGAUCCCACGGUCGUGGCCUCUUCUCUCUCAAUUUCUUCCGGGUCAUCUUGGAUGAAGCCCACAGCAUUAAGAACCGCCAAGCGAAAACGGCCCGGGCUUGCUAUGAAAUUUCCGCAAGGCACCGGUGGGCUCUAACGGGCACGCCCAUUGUCAACAAACUCGAGGAUCUCUUCAGUCUUGUGCGGUUCCUCCGGGUUGAACCCUGGAACAACUUUUCCUUCUGGCGGACUUUCAUCACGGUGCCAUUCGAGUCUAAAGAUUACAUGCGAGCCCUCGACGUUGUGCAAACGGUGCUUGAGCCGCUCGUCAUGAGAAGGACAAAGGAUAUGAGGACACCGGAUGAUAAGCCAUUAGUCGCCCUUCCGCCGAAGCAUAUUGAGAUCCUGGACAUUGACCUCUCGAAGCCGGAGCGCGAUGUGUACGAUUACAUUUUCACUAAAGCGAAACGGACCUUUAACGCCAACGUUGAAGCCGGCACUGUCAUGAAAGCAUUCACCAGCAUCUUCGCGCAGAUCCUCCGGCUCCGUCAAUCAUGCUGUCAUCCAGGCCUCGUCCGCAACCAGGACAUCGUUGCUGAGGAGGAAGAAGCCGGUGCUGCAGCUGACGCUGCGGUCGGGCUCGCCGAUGACAUGGAUUUACAGUCUCUGAUCGAGCGUUUUACCGCCGCCACAGAUGACGCCGCUGACUUCAACGCGUUCGGCGCCCAUGUUCUCGGCCAAAUCCGGGACGAAGCAGUCAAUGAAUGCCCCGUGUGUACCGAGGAGCCAAUGAUUGAGCAAACCGUCACCGGAUGUUGGCACUCCGCGUGCAAGAAAUGCCUCCAGGACUACAUCAAACACCAGUCUGACCGACACCAAGUUCCUCGCUGCUUCCAGUGCCGUGAGCCCAUCAACUCCCGCGACCUAUUUGAGGUUGUACGGCAUGACGAUGACCCGGACACAACACCCUUCGACCAAGGCCCACGCAUUUCACUGCAGAGAUUAGGCGUCGGCAACUCAUCUGCCAAGAUCGUCGCUUUAAUCAGCCAGCUCCGCGAUCUCCGUCGCGAAAACCCCACCAUCAAAUCUGUGGUUUUCAGUCAAUUUACUUCAUUCCUUACCCUCCUUGAGCCUGCCCUCGCCCGUAACAAUAUGCGCUUUCUCCGACUCGACGGCUCGAUGGCACAAAAAGCGCGCGCUGCUGUUCUCGAUGAGUUCCGGUCGUCAAAGACAUUCACCGUCCUCCUGCUCAGUCUCAAGGCUGGUGGGGUAGGACUCAACCUCACCAGUGCGAAGCGUGUCUACAUGAUGGACCCGUGGUGGAGCUUUGCUAUUGAGGCGCAAGCUAUCGACCGGGUCCAUCGUAUGGGCCAAGAGGACGAAGUUAAAGUGUACCGGUUUAUUGUACGGGACAGUGUGGAGCAGCGGAUGCUAAAGAUACAGGACCGGAAGAAAUUCAUUGCCUCGUCCCUUGGUAUGAUGUCCAACGAAGAGAAGCGAAUGCAGCGUAUUGAGGAUAUAAAAGAAUUGCUCAGUUAG